AUGACUGACGAAGACGGUAUACGCUUCAAAGACGGUUUCAAAGACGGUUGGCGAUCGAUCGGCUUCUCACAGGUAAGGUACACAGGUAGAGGAAUACGUAUGGAAUGUUUGCGGCCACCUAGUAGGUGUGCAUCUGUUGACCGCGGGUGUGCACGCACAUGCCAAUCGAUAUACGUGUUAUGCCACGAACACUCAUUGAUCGAUAAAUGUAGAUAUGUGUAA